AUGUGUGGGACUAAAUAUGUAAUCGCGUCACCGGUUAGAAGGCCACAGGUGUCGAGCUCGGGGCGGAGAGAGAGGGAGAGAAACGUUCUUGCUUGUUCCGGCGAUAAAUUGGUGUAUUUCGGCGGAGCGUUGAUUCGAAAACAUAUGGAAAAGAUGGGAACCGCCGAAUCCGAAUUGGAAGUUUUGUUUGGGGAGAAGAAGCGCAUCAGAAAUCCUCUCGUCCCCAUUGGUGCAUUCAUGACUGCAGGAGUGCUCACAGCUGGACUAAUUAGUUUCAAAACGGGGAAUUCGCAUUUGGGUCAGAAGCUGAUGAGAGCUCGUGUGGUUGCCCAAGGUGCUACUGUUGCACUAAUGGUUGGCACUGCUUAUUACUAUGGGGAUAAAUUGUGAUGGUUCCUGAUGGUGCAGUGUGACAGCCAAGCAUCUACUCUGUCCUCUCCUUUGUACCUCAAAGAUAUACUUUGGAAAGUGGGGGAAGUGAAAUGUUAUGUUUUUGUGUAGGAGAAACAUCUUUAAGUUAUGAAUGGUAUGGAUAUUACAAUGUGAUGUUCAGGAGAUCACUAUUGUUUUUUUCAAUAAAGCAGGGCUGUGCCUGUUCUUAGUUGAAAAAUGUAGAACACUGGUUUGGCAGAGCAUUUGCUGCUGAGAAUCACAAAUUUUAGAAUCUUGUGCGUGCAAGGAAUUAAUCUUGUACAAAUGGAACAAUUAAUUGAUUGCUACAUAUGGCUAGCAGAUGAUACGAUACAAUGCCUAUCUUUGUGUGCAAGAAACUUGUCCCUUAUUU